AUGCCGUUGGCCCAGACUUUUAAUACUGCGGCGCCAGAACUGGCCAACCGGCCUUACCGGUUCACAAAGAAGACGUCACGAAGUGUAAGAUUGUGCAGAUAUCGUGAUGUGUAUGGUUAGAAUGAUUGUGUAGUUGUGUCAGUGAUUUUUUGCUUUAAUCGGAUUUGUUUUUAUUUCGAUUAUUUUCGAAUCUGCCCGUUUAAAAAGAGUUCCCCUUCAGUUUUGGCUUGAAUCGGCUCCGAAUGAAGCUGAUCCGGACUGUUUUUAAACGUUUUCAGAUGUCCCCCGUUGCUCGGAACCACAAACAAAUCACGACUUGCUUCGGGAUUGGAAAGAAGAUCGAUAACAAGGUAAUAUGUUCGGCCAUUCUGUGCUCGAAAUCCCCGCGGGCGCUUAGGGAAGGUUGCGUCAUUUGUAAUAUUUCCGCUGACGUCAUUCCGAUUAUGCAAAUCACUCCCCCAAAUCGUGUUUUGAAAAGAGUCUACAAUCGCGUGUAUCCAUUCAUUUAAUUCUCUCGAUCUCCUAUUUGCCCCGGGGCUUUCCGUUCUCAUCAUCCGCGAAUUCUCGAUUUUAAAAAAUAAAAAACUUCCUUUCCCAAAAUUGGCAUAAUUAAAGUGAUGGUCUUCCGUCUCAAAGGGCUUUGUUUUACCAGUGUAAGCUUUUCAAAUUGAAUAUAAAAUUAUUUGUAAUAUUCAUUGUUUUACCUAAAAUAUACCUGCUUAGUCGAAUAUCCUGAUGUGUUAGUGCGUAUUUCAGGCUAAUAAGGAGGAGAAGUCUCCCCAUUCAUCAGAAGAGUUUAAUGAUAGCGGAAAUGGAACCUUGGAGGCCAAUUCUUUGAUCGAAACAAUCAAGGAGGCGGAUAUUGACACCGAGUUUGAAGUCAAAGAUUACACCGAAGAUGCCUCCGAACAUCCAAAUGCCUCACAAUUCGAAUUAUUACACAUUUUGGGUCAAGGUUCGUUUGGGAAGGUGUUUUUGUGCAGGAAGAUCAGCGGAUCCAACGAGGGGAAGCUCUACGCCAUGAAGGUUAUGAGGAAGGCAACUUUGAAGGGUAAAUCUGAAAGACUUUCUUGUAUUUUUUAAAAUCUUUGUACCUAAUCUGUGUCUAAACCUUUCGUUUCAGUGACAGAUCGUCUCAGGACGAAACUGGAAAGGAAUAUCCUCGCCCAAAUCAGCCAUCCGUUUAUCGUUCAACUUCAUUAUGGUUUGUUUUUCAACUACUUUGCGUUUUAUUUUUAUUGUUUUAGCUUUUCAAACAGAGGGAAAAUUGUAUCUGAUCCUGGACUUUCUCCGUGGUGGAGAUCUCUUCACUCGGUUGUCAAAAGAAGUUAUGUUUACUGAAGAAGACGUAAAGUUUUACCUGGCUGAAUUGGUCUUGGCCAUUGGCCAUCUUCACAGCAUUGGAAUUGUCUAUCGCGAUCUGAAGCCCGAGAAGUAAGUCCUUCCGUUUUGUGUUUAUUGCCUUAAUUUGAGUAUCCUGCUAGACGAAGAAGGCCAUAUUAAUGUAACGGACUUUGGACUAUGCAAGGAAUCUCUUGGCGGAUCCACCAAGACUUACAGUUUCUGUGGAACUAUUGAAUAUAUGGCCCCAGAAGUUGUCAACAGAAAUGGUCACACAGCUGUCGCUGAUUGGUGGAGUCUGGGGGUAUUAAUGUACGAGAUGCUGACUGGCCGUCUUCCAUUCCAAGGAGAUGAUCGCCAAGAUACGAUGCGACAAAUAUUGAAGUAAUGCUUUUAUUUUGAUUUGUUUACUGUUACAGAGCGAAACUUACCAUGCCUACAUUCUUGAGCCGAGAGGCACAAUCAUUGCUGAGAGCCUUAUUUAAACGGGUACCCGAGAAUCGUCUGGGUUAUGGUCCAGAUGGGCUCCGAAACAUCAAGAAUCAUAUCUUUUUCCAAACAAUCGACUGGAAGAAGUUGGAAGCUCGAGAGAUCCAGCCACCUUUCCAGCCGACGAUCACUUCAGAUGCCACUUAUUACUUCGAUUCCGAGUACACAAAGAAGUCUGCGACAGGUGGGUGUAAUGUAGGAUUAUCUGUGCGGCUCUAAACUGUCUGAUGGAUAAUAUAUUUAUAGUCGAAAUGUUUUCUGUUUUUUUAGAUUCUCCUGCGAUUCCUGCUUCAACGGCCGCACAUGAGUUAUUCAGAGGCUUCAGUUUUGUAGCUUCACAUAUUCUAGAUGAAGAAAACGAUGAAAAUCGAAAAGCAACUUCAAAACAGAUCUGCUCCAGAGUUAUUGAUCAGAAUUUGACUAAAAAGGGCAGCUUUUAUCAUGAUUAUGAGAUCAAGGAAGAAGUGGGUGUUGGGGCGUACAGUUCUUGUAAACGUUGUAUCCAGAAGGCGACUAAUAAUGAAUAUGCUGUUAAGGUAAUUAAAACACAAAUUUUUUGACAGCCGAGAUCCUUGGCUAUGCGAAAAUUGAAACUCUUUAAAAUUCUAAAAAAAUUUCAAAAACUGCCUCCUGAACAUUACAAACAAGUUCCCCAUUAACUUAUUUCAAUUAUUUGUCAUAUCUCGGCAUGCUGUAACUUGACCACAAAUUCUAUAUCGCGGAAAAUAGACUCCUACGAGGACGGCAACCCCAUUGUGUUCUCAAUGCAAAAUUUUUUUUGGUUUUUAUACCCCAUUAAAAAUUGGCGGAAUAGCUUAAAUAUUUUAAUAUUCUUGUGCUGGAGGACAAAUCGUCGGUUUUCUCAAAAACUGGGAACUAUUUUGGCGCUUUUUUAUUUUAUAAUUUGAAAGAAGAGUUCUUUGCGAUUGGAAUGGAUAUAAGGGACGUCCCCAGAAGCUGGAGGCUUUGGGAGCAUCGAUCUACUUGGAAGGUCGCGAGCCCUGCUCCGGGAAUUCUUAAAUGGGCCGAAAUAACUGCAGUUUCUAUUUUUAUGACGAACUUGAUUUGAUUUUUAUGAAAUCCAAGGCACAGUGUAUGAUCAGUCUCCAUAAAAUUUAGCUAUUCAAAGAACAAUUCUUCAAAAGUGGCGUAUUUUUGCGUAAUUGCUAAAAACGUAUCAAAAAAAUUUUCAACUAUUUCAAUCGAGGAUUUGUCCUCCAGUGCGAAAAUAUUCAAAUUUUCAAGCUGCUUCUGCUAAUUUUUAAAGAAACACAGUGGCGAAAGCCCCGUCGUUUCUAGGAGGUCUAGUUUCCAAGAUAUAGAAUUUGUGGUGCAGCACACCGAGAUACGGUAAGUAAUUCAAAAAAGUAAAUGGGAAGGUUGUUUGUAACGCUCAGGAGGCACAUGUUUUCAAAUUUUGUUGCAUUUGAAAGGGUUUGAAUUUUCGUGUUGCCAGUUAGUGACAGGGCGCGAGUGUUGGAAAAAUCGUGUUUUAAUAUUAGCGAAUUGGUAACUCUCUUUCAGAUCAUAGAUAAAUCGAAGCGCGAUCCCUCGGAGGAAGUGGACAUUCUUCUCAGACACAGCCAUCAUCCCAACAUUGCCAAUCUUUGUGCGGUAUAUGAAGACGAUUCCCAUGUGUACCUUGUGCAAGAAUUAUGUAAAGGCGGGGAGUUGUUAGAUCAUAUCAUCAAUAACAAGUUGAACGAAAGGAAGGUAGCCGCCAUUAUGAAGACGUUAGCAACGGUGCUUUCAUAUUUACAUUCCAAUAUGGUAGGUGUCGCAUCUAUGGCUAAUAUAAUUUCAGGUGGUUCAUCGAGAUUUGAAGCCUCAGAAUAUUAUGUUUUCGAAAAAGCACUCUGAUUCCGUAGAAGAUAUAAAAUUGAUUGAUUUUGGAUUUGCCAAGUUGCUUCGAUCGGAGAAUGGAAUGUUGAUGACUCCCUGUUACACUGCGCAAUUCGUAGCUCCGGAAGUGCUCAAAAGACAAGGAUAUGACAUGAGCUGUGACGUCUGGUCCCUCGGAGUCUUAUUGUUUGCUAUGCUCAGUGGGUAAGUGAAGCGUUCAGAUGUCUUGUAUUAGAGCUUUAACCUUCGGAAUUACUGUAUGCUCGUUUAGGGAAACCCCCUUUUCUACUAGUGCUACAGAUGAGCCUUCGAAAAUCCUGCAACGUGUCGGUGAGGGAAAGUUUACCAUGUCGGGACCCAGUUGGAGCAAGAUCUCGGAUUUGGCCAAAGAUUUGGUAAUGCGAAUGCUUCAUGUGGACCCGGGUCUUCGUAUCAGUGCCAAGGAAAUUGUGAUUCAUCCUUGGCUCAAUCAGAAUAAUCAACCAACCACUGAUCUGGUAUAUAAACUAGAUGCCACACAAGUGAAGGUGAGUGUUUUAGUUGUUUUUUAUCGAUUAUUAACCUUUUCAUUCCAGAAAAACCUUGACCGAACUUUCAAGGCGGUGAUGGGAAGUAAUCAAGCCAUGCCUCUUUGUCCCGUAAAUGCCUCAGCCUUGGCCAAAAGGAGAAAUCAACGGCCAAAAAGUCUCUCGGAUUCCCACGACUUUUAA